AUGGCUACGAAUAAGAGUACAGAGAAAGAGAAAGGCCCAGAAAAUGUCUCGAAGAAAGGGAGAUCAUGCAAAGGAACACUUUAUUAUUCAACCGCUCUCAAAUCCAAUGCUUACAAUCCUAUCUGCCUCGGCGUUCCUCGCACCCUCCCUCAAGUGCCUGACUCAGUAGUUGUAGCAACUGAGAUGGAGGCUUCUAAAGAGGAUCGACAUCUUGCUGAUUUUCGUUAUGCUUGUGCUGGUUACUCUAUGUAUUUGGAUCGAAUUAAAGAAGACCCUUCUCAAAAGAACACAUCAGAAUUGCCCGUUUGUGUUGGCUUGGAGCUUUUGGUUGGCAAAAGAAUCCAUAAAACAUCACCAGCUGCCGCUCCUGUUUCUACCCAUGUUCAUCACAAAGAGGAUGCUCGUGAAGUCCCUCAGACUCAGAGGCACCAGCCACCUACUCAAUCUGCCGGAACUGUUUUCUUGAACAAGUUUUCAAGAAAUGCAGAUCUUGUUGCUUCAGGGGUGACUAAGAACGUGUAUAAAGUAGGUAACUACAUUAAAGGAAGUCUCUCAGAUUUUUUGUUCCCAUACAGAGGGAGAUCAAAGUAA